AUGGGUAAUACUUGUGUUGGACCAAGCAGAAAUGGGUUCUUGCAAUCUGUUUCGGCUGCAAUGUGGCGGCCAAGGGAUGCAGAUGAUUCGGUUUCCCAAAGAAAUGGAGAUACUGCAAGUGAAGCUGUUUCAGGAGAGCUUCGGUCUCCAUUAUCUAAUCAGGUCAUGAAUAAACCUCCUGAACAGCUCACAAUGCCCAAGCCAGGGGCUGACGUCGAGACCAAGGCGAAAUCUGACAUACAGAUUCAGCCUGAAAGCAAGCUGGAAACGCAAGAGGAUACAAAACCAGAGUCCAAGCCGGAGACCAAGUCAGAGGCCAAGUCAGAGACUAAGCCGGAGACAAAAGGUGAUACUCCAGCUAAGCCUAAGAAGCCUAAACACAUGAAGAGAGUGUCCAGUGCAGGUCUUAGGACUGAGUCAGUGUUGCAGAGGAAAACUGAAAACUUUAAGGAAUUCUAUUCCUUGGGGAGGAAACUCGGACAAGGGCAAUUUGGAACGACUUAUUUAUGUAUCGAAAAGACUACAGGGAAGGAGUUUGCCUGCAAGUCGAUUGCUAAGAGGAAGCUGUUGACCGAUGAGGACGUGGAAGAUGUGAGAAGGGAAAUUCAGAUAAUGCAUCACUUGGCUGGUCACCCAAAUGUUAUAUCCAUUAAAGGAGCUUAUGAGGAUGUUGUGGCAGUGCACCUUGUAAUGGAGUGUUGUGCAGGUGGCGAGCUUUUUGACAGGAUAAUUCAACGCGGUCACUAUACAGAGAGGAAAGCGGCUGAGCUCACUAGAACCAUAGUUGGGGUGGUAGAAGCUUGCCAUUCUCUUGGUGUUAUGCAUCGAGACCUCAAGCCUGAGAAUUUUCUAUUUGUCAGUAAAGACGAAGAUUCCCUCUUGAAGACGAUUGAUUUUGGACUCUCUAUGUUCUUUAAGCCAGACGAUAUUUUUACAGAUGUUGUUGGUAGCCCAUAUUAUGUAGCUCCAGAAGUUCUUCGAAAGCGUUAUGGCCCUGAAGCUGAUGUCUGGAGUGCUGGAGUGAUUGUGUACAUUUUGUUAAGUGGAGUUCCUCCAUUCUGGGCUGAAUCCGAACAAGGUAUUUUCGAACAGGUACUCCACGGUGAUCUUGACUUUACAUCCGAUCCCUGGCCGAGCAUAUCUGAAAGUGCAAAAGACCUAGUGAGGAAAAUGCUUGUUCGGGAUCCCAAGAGAAGACUAACUGCACACCAAGUAUUAUGUCAUCCAUGGGUACAAGUCGACGGCGUGGCUCCAGACAAACCUCUGGAUUCUGCUGUUCUGAGCCGUAUGAAGCAAUUUUCAGCAAUGAACAAGUUCAAGAAAAUGGCUCUUAGAGUCAUUGCUGAGAGCUUAUCUGAAGAAGAAAUCGCCGGCUUAAAAGAAAUGUUUAAUAUGAUAGACGCCGACAAAAGCGGUCAGAUAACUUUCGAAGAACUGAAAGUAGGACUAAAACGAGUAGGGGCAAAUCUCAAAGAGUCAGAAAUUCUCGACUUGAUGCAAGCUGCUGAUGUGGACAACAGUGGAACAAUAGACUACAAAGAGUUCAUAGCCGCAACAUUGCAUCUAAACAAAAUAGAGAGAGAGGACCAUUUGUUUGCAGCUUUUACAUACUUUGACAAAGAUGGGAGCGGUUAUAUCACCCCGGACGAGCUCCAACAAGCUUGUGAGGAGUUUGGAGUUGAGGAUGUCCGCAUAGAAGAAAUGAUGCGUGAUGUUGAUCAAGACAAUGAUGGGCAAAUAGACUACAAUGAGUUUGUGGCGAUGAUGCAGAAAGGGAGCAUCACAGGAGGUCCCGUGAAGAUGGGACUAGAGAAAAGCUUUAGCAUUAAUCUUAAACUCUAGUCUAAACUACAAAAACUAAAGUCAAAGACAAGAGUUUCUGAUAAUAUAUGAUUGAUUGGGUUGAAGACAAAUGCACACCCAAGAUUUUCUUUUGCCCUCUUUUGUAUUCUCAAUCUUUUGGAUGAGAUUUGUCUUGGACUUGUUUUGGUAGAUUUUUCAGAAUUAUUAGCA